AUGGCCACAACCACCAUGAUCUUUAUGAUUUUGGGGACUUCACUUGUGAUGGUAAGAACACAGUUAUGCCCAUUCCCGCACUCCCGUAUGUGUAACAAUGUAACGUUUUAAAAGCUGUCAAAUUGAUAUUUCAGAAGACCUAGACAUCAACGUGGCCUAGCUACACGAGGCUACACAAUCAAUAAACAAACUGUCAAUGGAAAACAAUUUAUCUGGAGUCAAUUAAUUUUUAGAAUUUACAUUUAUGUUUGUCAUUUACUUGAGAAGUCGGGCAACAGAUGGUGUUAUGGGAAUGUAGCUUGUUUUGUCCCAGUUGACCUCAGUGGUUCUUUUCAGGCUGUAGCGUGUCUUACGGACAUGAACGCUCUACUGGACCGCUUUCACAACUAUAUCUUACCACAUUUACGAGGAGAGGACCGCGUCUGCCAUUGCAACUGUGGAAGGUAAAACAAACUUUAAAAAAUAAUGCAAUUUAAAGUUAUGCAAAACAAGAGCAUGAGUAAACCAUUAGUUUGAAACUGCAGGUGAUUUAUAGUGCACUGUUUAUGGCAAUGGUCCAUCAUAAUUUAAUGUUGUUUGUUAUAUGAUUAAAGGACAAACAUUGUUGACUCUCCUGUUUUUGUUGAAUCACCUCAGAGGUUUGAUCACUGGUGAACUGCAUGUUGUCUAUCUCCUAUCACUUUCAUCAUCUCAUUACAGUCUGUACAUCAAGGAUGUAUGAAACAGCUGUGAACUAUGUUGAACUAUGCUCCUGUCCAUGAUGGAAAUGACUCUGGCUCUACAUUCCCACAGUGUGACACAGUCACAUUGAAACACAGGUCACCUGUCAAGUUUUUAGUCUACUCCUUAGGCCCACAUCUUAGUAAUCACUUACAGUUUAAAAAAAUUGAAAAACGAUUUGUUUGGGGCUUUAAAUAAAAAUGUAACUUCAAUAAUUGUAAUGUUACUGAAAACAACUGAAUCUGUUGGUGGGUUGAUUUUCCUGUGAACAACAUUACUCACUCCUGCAGGCAGCCAUACCUCCCCCCUCCCACUCAGACCUGCUAUGAGCUAUGGGAUGUGAGUGAGUGAGCGAGUGAAUGAGUGAGUGGCCUGGGUGUGUGAGAGAGAUGAUUAGACAGUGUAGGAGAGCAGCACCGAGUAUGCCAAUAAAGCUUUGUGAAUUUAAUCAUGUGUUUGAGUAAGAUAGAGCUGGAGACGGGAAAAAAUAUAGGUAUUUUGAGACCUCCCAGAUAUUGAUGAGUUGUCAGGGUUCUGGAUAGCAAGAUCUUUCACUCUCUCACAUGCUUCCUUAGGUUCACUUCUCUCAGUUGUUUGUGCACUCCACAUCCUCCUUUUCUUGUUGCCACAUGCCUCUCUCCCUUGACCUCUCUGCCCACCUCUCUCUUCUUGCUGCUGUGGUUUCUCUCUACUGGGAGCGAUGCCUGCAGUAAUAGAGGGAGUUGGUCCACAUGCAUCCCCGCGCCCCAACUCCCAUGGGGCAGCGAGGCCAGCUGUUAGUGAUGCGUUUCCUGUGCUGCCCUCCAGCUGCAGCUGUUCACCUCUCAGCGAUGGGGCUGACAGCAGCACACCCACCCAUCCAUCCAUCCAUCCAUCCCACUCACCCAAAGCACUACAGCAAAGCAUAUGGAACCACACACAGCCUAACCAUAUACAGUAUACUUGAUAUAUGGUAGAUUUAAUUACUCACUUAUGUAAUUGUCUUCCUCAAUGCACUUUUUCUUCAUGAUCUUUUUUACUUCUUCCUCUCUCCACUCUCCCCCCCUGCCCCCCCCCCCCUCUGUCCUCCUGUCCCUCCUCUCUUCUCGCUUUUCUCCCUCACCUUUUCCUCCCUUCCCUCUCCACUGUGUCCUGCGUUCCCUCCUCUCUUCUCCCCGUGUCCUCGUCUCCCUCCCCUGUCUCCUCUUCUCUCCCUGUGUCCCCUCCCUCUGGGCUUCAGGCACCAUGUCCACUAUGUGAUCCCGUACGAUGGGGACCAGUCUCUGGUAGACUCGGCAGAGAACUACUUUGUGAGUGAUAGCGUGACCAAGCAGGAGCUGGACCUGAUGCUGGGGCUGCUGCUGGGCUUCCUCCUCAGCUGGCUACUGCUGUGGCUGGACGGGGCGCUGCACGCUGCCCUCAGGGCCUGGAGGGCCAAACAGCACCAUGGUGAGUCAGCAGGAGGCCCCCAGGGGCUACAACCACACUGGAGGGCUCUGAGAGGCAGAUAGAUACUUUGUAUGGGGAGCUGAUCCAAAAAGCCUGACACACAACACUUGAGGAGCUCUGAGUUUAAAAAAAGGUAGCAGUAGAAAGUUACUAAGGAAUACAGAUUUCUUUUCAUGGGGUGGGGGGAAAAUAGGAUGCUCUCUGGGUGGGUGAAGGAAUGGACAGGAGAACAAUAGUCUGAAGGUGCAGAGGUAUGAUCUCUCAACUUUUAAACCUCUUUGGAUUAGCCUUGUUUGAUGAAAACUGAAGUGUCGUGGGAGCCUCAGUGUGUAAACCUGUUUACGGUUCGAUGGCAUUUAUAAGUGUGACUCAGCCAUUGACCUACUUUAUCACAGUAUUCCCCAGCUCGCUGCUGUUUCUCUUUUGAUUUUCUAUAUGUCAUUUUAGGUCAGCGUUUUUCAGGCUUAGAUAUGACAGCGGGAGUUUUUUACCCCUCAGAUUUCUAUAUGAAACUGUUGGCACUGAUAUUGUCAUCAUACAUUCUUCCCAUUUAGUCUAGUCACUGUUUUUCCUGUGUGUAGAUUUUUCUCUUCAUAUUUCUAUAUUCAGUUGUGGGAUUAGUAUAAUUCACACCCGGAGCUGCUUGUCGUGUAGGAAGUGAUGGGGGUGGUUGGCAAAGAGGUGCAGAAAUGAGUCAUGUACAGUAUAGGGAUUCAAAAUCAUGUAUUUUCAAAUUGAUAUUUCCUCUCCUGCACACAAGCACACGCAUGCAUGUGCAUACACACAGCGUUCAUUUUCGGGUCCGUAGUUUUAAAACUGUGAGUUCAGAGAAGACCUACUGCAAUGUUUCAGUGUCUUGUGAUUUCUCUCUCCUCUCUGUACAGAUUCUGAAUCCCUCUCCCUCGCUCUCGCUUAAAAUUCAGUAUUUCUCUCUCCCUGUCUUUCUCGAUUUCCAACUCCCUCCCAUCACACCAACCAAAUUCAUGUCAUUUAAUUCUCCCCCAUCGCCUGUCUCUCCUGUGAAAAGUCUAAGUGGGCUGUAUUAGUAUGGCGAAGAUGUCUCAUCCUCUCUCCAUCUCUCCUUUCCACUCUCCUUUUCCCUGCACUCCUCUCCCUGUCUCUCAGCCCAUGGUGUCCUCAGACUUAAAUUAGAUGAGUCAAUUUGGAUCACACCUCCAUUCUCAGAUAUAAAUACCCCACAUCCAUGAGCCACACACAAAAUUACGCACACACACAUACACAAACUGCACGCAUGCUCGUACACAAAUUAAAUGGAGGACAAAUCUUUAAUCUUUCAAUCACACAUUUAAUGUUAUCUAUGUCCUGUCUUCCCGGCCCCUUCUUUCUUUCCUUUACUGUGUCCAGAUGUGUUCUCCUGGUCAUGGGUUCCCCGUUUCUGUAACCUGAGAGACCUGGGGAAACGGGUGGACCUGAGAAAGCUGGAGGACUCCAGUGGGAACAUGGUUCACAUUAAGCAGAAGCUGUACCACAACGGACACCCCAGCCCACGCCACCUCUGA